ACACAGAGAGCCAGAGAAAGAGCAGGCGUGCAGCUCUUCUCAGCAGGGACAGGGCCUGAACAAGCAUCUGGAAGGAGCAAGAAGUAAAUAUUUACAGCUCUUGAUUAUAAGGUCAAGAAUGAUGUUCCCAUCCCAGGAGGCUGCUUAGCCUCCUGGGGAGGGAAAGACUUGGUUUGCUAGGCACUGCCUAGUGUGGGAAGGAUGUGCUGAUUGGAGUAGAUGGAGCGGCUGGGAUUUCCCCAUUUGCUUUUUUCUUCUUCUUAACGGAGAUCUGCAUUCCCAUCCUUUUUGUAAUCUGCUGCUAGAUAACGGACAAGCUUAAGCAGAGACCCGCCACAUCUUUAACGAGGUUCACAGAAAAGCUCAACUUUGGAAACCUGAAGCCCUAUGAAUUACAGAAUUCUUACACCAGCCUUUCUUCUGAUAGCAUGGAGCCUCACUACUUGGUGGUGGUGGUGCUGAGUCUGGCCAGGCCAGGCCUGUCAGGUGUCGAACCACUUACGGGGCCGAAGUGCACCUACACCUUCAUCUUGCCGCAGCAGAAGUUCACAGGGGCCGUGUGCUGGAGCAGCGUGCGCCUUCCCCCGGAGGCUCCAGGCCUCAAUCGCUCUGAGGUGGCCGAGCUGCGUGACCAGCUGAACCGUCAGCAGGCCCAGAUGGAGGAGCUGCGCCGACUAGUGGAGGUGGACGGGGCAGUGGUGAGUGAAGUCAAGGCCCUGCGCAAGGAAAGCCGCAACAUCAAUGCUCGUGUCACCCAGCUGUACACUCAGCUCCUUCAUGAGAUCCUCCAGCGACGAGAGCGGCCAGUGCAGACAUCGCAGCUGGAAGGGAGGGUGGCCAACGCCUCUGCCGAGGCCUUGCGCGUGGCGGCCAGUUAUCGCCAGCUGGAAGGGAAGUACCAUGCCCUGGCUGCCCUGGUCAACAACCAGAGUGCCCUCAUCAGCCAACUGGAGAGAGACUGCCAGCAAGGAGCCAGUGGCCGGGUGAGCCCACAGCCACCCCUGGUGCCAGUGGUACCUCACAACCCUGCAAGCAUCGCCAAUGAGAGCAGGGUCCAUUUUGAUGCCAUCAAUGACAUUCAGAGAGACCAGACGGUACCUGCCCAGCACCAGCCACACAAGGCAGCAGUGCCACAGGACGGCACUGUUCAGCCGCCUGCUGCCGUGCCCACCAAGUCCACAGGGCCGUGGCGUGACUGCCAAGCAGCUCAGCAGAAUGGGCAGACCAGUGGCAUCACCAUGCUACAACCAACUGGUGCCCGGGGAAUCAUCCAGACCUGGUGUGACCAGGAGUAUGACGGGGGUGGUUGGACUGUCAUCCAGCGGCGGCAGGAUGGGUCGGUCAACUUCUUUAUCACCUGGCAGCACUACAAGAAUGGUUUUGGGAACUUGGAAGGAGAACACUGGCUGGGUCUCGAGUUCAUUCACUGGCUGACUCGCCAGGGCUCAUACGUGCUGAGGGUUUCCAUGGAAGACUGGAGUGGGCGGCAGGCAUAUGCGGAAUACAGCACCUUUGCCCUAGAACCUGAGAAUGAUUUCUACCGGUUGCGGCUGGGGCGCUAUCAAGGCAGCGCUGGCGAUUCCCUCUCCUGGCAUAAUGGCCGACAGUUCAGCACCCUCGACCGUGACCAUGAUGCUUACUCAGGCAACUGUGCCCACUUCCAGAAAGGUGGUUGGUGGUACAAUAUGUGUGCCCACUCCAACCUUAAUGGUGUCUGGUACAAAGGAGGGCACUACCGAAGCCGUUAUCAGGACGGGGUCUACUGGGCAGAGUUUCGUGGCGGUGCCUACUCACUCCGCAAGGUGGUCAUGAUGAUCCGGUCUCCACAAGGCACCUGAUUUCUGUACCUGCGAGUAAGAAA